ACUUAUCUGCAGAAGGGAACCUAAAGAUCUCGUGCAGCUGUGCAUCUCAAAUUGAGUUUCUCACUCUUGAACUAUAUCGUCAUUUUUAUAACGACUACGAGCCGUGAAAGUUGAAGCAAUGUUUAUCAAAAUAAUCGUGUGCAUCGCCGUUCUUUCGCCAACCAUUCUUGCGAAAGAGUCAGAAAAUUGCAAAAGGUACUCAAAAUGUGAAUAUCAACGAGGAGUGGCUUUGGCCAGGACAAGUUGUGGGAUGACGGGCGUCACUAUCCCUAGUUGUGAAGAAGACGGUCGUUUUUCUCUGAAACAGUGCAAGACUACGCCGUACUGUUGUUGCGCCGAUCCUGAGAAUGGCGAACAAACAGAAAGCUGUGUCAGAGUUCCAGAAGAACCUGAUUGUGGGAAGAAAGUUUGCGAGGAGAAGCGAGCUGCUGCCUUGAAGCUGGUAGAACUUGGACUCCUUGGUGUGUUUGUUCCUAGAUGCAAGAAGGGAGGAACUUACCAUCCAUUCCAAACAAUAGAAAGAGAAAAUUGUUGCGCAGAUUUACGAAGUGGAGAGUUAAGCAAUUGCGUUUUUGCUCCCAAACUACCAGAGUGCGUUAAGAAAGAUUACUCUAAAUGUGAAUAUGAACGUGCAGUCGCCCUGGAAAAAAGCAAUUCCUGUCCAAUGCUGGGUGCAGAUAUCCCUGAGUGUGAAGAGGACGGAAGUUAUUCCUCGUUGCAAUGUGGCCCCACUGGCUACUGCUGUUGCGCACAUCCUGAAUGUGGCAAGCAACCAAAAUGUGCUAGAGCACCAAACAUGCCUGACUGUAGCAAGUAAGAUUGCCGUGAAAAGAAACGAAGAAAUACUAUAAUUUAAAAACUUUUCUUUCGGAUGAUUAGUCCAUGCAGUGUGUGAUUCCAGCAACUGGAGCUUUAACGUAUUCUUGGUUUUCAUUAAACUUUUUAAUCUGA